GACUCUACUUCUCUUGGUUAGGUUUAUAACCUCAAAGUUUAAAGUGUUUUUAUAGAAUCUAUUUUAAUUCUUUUACAGCUGAGCGAAUUUUUUGUAAUCCAUUCUCUUCUGUUUUACUUGUUUCGAACUCUGAGUGGAUGUUUGAUAUAAUUACCCAUUUGUUAAUAAAGAAACACUAUAAUCUAAAUUCUUAACAAAAUAGGUUAUGCAACUCGGAAAUAAGAUAUUAUUAUGAAGAUUAAAAGUUUAUAAAGAGUAUAUUUUUUAAAUAUGUCUAAAGAUAAUGAGAAACAACAGUCAGUAACUAAUGAAAAUGUCAAAGUUCCUGAGGUUAAAGAGCAAGCUACAAAAGCAGAUGAACCACCUCAAUCAAUUGAACCAGAGGACAAAUGGCUGAUAAGAGACUGUGAGGUGUAUAAAGAUGAAUACAAGGAGUGCACAAGUUUCAGAGGAAGAUUCCACCAGUACUUUAUAUAUGGCGAUACAUUAGACUGUAACCAGUGGAAGAAGGACUACAAUAACUGCUGCAAGUGGACUGACGAUAAAGAUCUGAAGGCAGCUGAAGCAGUAAUCAACAGUGAAAAAAACCGGCGACUUGAGAGAUUAAAAUCACAUUAUCAAAAUGAUACAUGGACUAAAAGAGAUGGACCGCCUCCAGACUGGGAACAACCAUUGCCAGAUUGGAUGGUGAAGAGAGACGAGAACACAUACUUAGCACAUAAAGCCAAAGAAAUGAAGGAAGGCAAGGAAGAUGAAAGUAUUACAAGCUAUUGCUCAAUUAUGUAGAACAGCCUUUAUUUUUUAUCGUCUACUACCUGAUUUUAUAUUAUGCGCUUUGGGAUACUUAUUUUUUUAUAAAAGUUUCGCCAUAGACUUAUAUUUUUGCAUUCCAAAUUUGAAAUGUAACUGUGUCAAUAUUUUGCUACCUACUUGUGCAAUGAAGUCUCUCAUGAUGUUUAUGUAUCUAAAACAAAAUUAAUUUCAAUCACUAUGCUUUACUAUGAAUAAUCUAUAAUUAAAAAACAAACUUAGUAUUGAUUUUGAAUAAAAAUUGUAUGUAAUAAUUUAAAUUAAAGAAGAAGAAAUAGUAGUAAUAGCAGUGCACAAAUAUUUGGGGUAUGCAUGAUUGGUUGGCAUAUGCUAAGGCCGGCUAUAAGAUAUAGAUAACUCUGUGGUUUUUACCUUGAAUAUUACACUUUAAUGUAGUGAAACAAUAGUAGCAAUGGGCGAUAAAAAAAUAAAAGAAAUUAAAAUACUAUAAAUGAUGUGACUGCAAAUUAAAUUUUAAUGAAGUUUUAAUAUGUCGUCACUUGUGUACAAAGUUUUUAAUGUAGAUAGUAUUAUACAAGUUAUACAAAUAGUAGUUAAUAUAUAACAUGAUACAGAAA